CGACUGCAUUAGUUUUAUCAGGCGAGCUGUUUGGGAUUGCAUACAUUUCCCAGAAUUCAUAGCGGACGCAAACUGCGCAAACUCGCGCCACAGUUGGCACGUAAACACAGCAACUGGAAGCAGCUCGGUUGAAAUGAUUCCUAGCAGAUAGUAUGGAGAGGUGAGGUGUCAUCAGAGUGUAACCGAAAGCAGGGCAGCGUGCCGUGAUCAGCCAAUAGGAAAGCGGCGGUGCAAUGACUGAGUGCUUCCUGCCACCCAAUAACAGCCCUGCAGAGCAGCGGCGAGGUACGGAGCAUCAGAGUGGUGUGCCUCGGACCCCCAGCUCAGAGGAAAUCAGCCCGACUAAAUUCCCAGGGUUGUACCGCACGGGUGAACCGUCACCGCCGCAUGACGGACACCACCAUGAGCCCCCCGACGCAGCCUCUGAUGACGAUAAGGAGCACAGCAAGAAGAAAAACAAGUUCAAGAAAAAGGAGAAACGCACUGAGGGCUACGCUGCCUUCCAGGAGGACAGCUCGGCUGACGAGGCCGAGAGCCCGUCCAAGAUGAAGCGUUCCAAAGGCAUCCACGUGUUCAAGAAGCCCAGCUUCUCCAAGAAGAAGGAGAAGGACUUUAAAGUGAAGGAAAAAGGCCCCAAAGAGGAGAAGGCCAAGGACAAGAAGUCCAAGGACUUGACAGCGGCCGACGUGGUCAAGCAAUGGAAGGAGAAGAAGAAGAAGAAAAAGCCCAGCACCGCAGAACCGGAGCCUGUCGCUGUGGAGACACCAGCCACGGUCAGACCCAUUUUCGGUGCGCCGUUAGCUGAAGCAGUGAGGAGGACGGCACUGUACGACGGAAUCCAGCUGCCUGCCAUUUUCCGCGAGUGCAUUGAUUACAUCGAGAGCUAUGGCAUGAAGUGUGAAGGCAUCUACCGUGUCUCUGGAAUGAAGUCGAAGGUGGAUGAGCUGAAGGCGGCGUACGACCGGGAAGAGUGCCCGUGCCUGGAGGAGUACGAGCCACACACUGUGGCCAGCCUAAUGAAGCAGUACCUGCGCGAGCUGCCCGACAACCUCCUGGGCCGAGAUCUGGCAUCGCGAUUUGAGGAUGCAUGCGGCCGCUCAAGCGAGGCAGAAAAACUGCACGAGUUCCAGCGGCUGCUCACCGAGGUUCCUGAAGGAAGCAGGCUCCUCUUGUCAUGGCUCAUCACUCACAUGGACCACGUGAUCGCCCGGGAGGCAGACACCAAGAUGAACAUCCAGAACAUCUCCAUUGUGCUCAAUCCCACCGUGCAGAUAGGGAACCGAGUGCUCUAUGUCUUCUUCACCCACGUGCGUGAGCUUUUCGGGGACGUGGUCCUGAAACCGGUGGUGCAUCCUCUGCGCUGGUCCAACGUAGCUACCAUGCCAACCUUACCCGACACCCAGGAGAGCAUUAAGGAGGAGAUCCGGAGACAGGAGUUCCUGCUGAACCGCCUGCACCGAGACUUGCAGGCUGGGAUAAAGGACCUGUCUAAAGAGGAGCGCCUGUGGGAGGUGCAGCGUAUCCUCACCGCUCUCAAACGCAAACUGCGUGAGGCCAAGAGACAGGAGUGUGAGAGUAAGAUAGCACAAGAGAUCGCCAGCCUGUCUAAAGAAGAUGUGUCCAAAGAGGAGAUGUCUGAGAAUGAAGAGGAGGUCCUUAACAUCCUCCUGGCUCAGGAGAAUGAGAUCCUGACCGAGCAGGAGGAGCUGAUCGCUUUGGAGCAGGUCCUGCGCAGGCAGAUCGCCACGGAGAAGGAGGAGAUCGAACGACUGCGUGCUGAGAUUGCUGACAUACAGAGCCGGCAGCAGGGCCGAAGUGAGACAGAAGAGUACUCCUCAGACAGCGAGAGUGAGAGCGAGGACGAGGAGGAGCUGCAGAUUAUUCUGGAAGAUCUACAGAAGCAGAAUGAGGAGCUGGAGAACAAGAACACUCAUCUGAACCAGGCCAUCCACGAGGAGCAAGAGGCCAUUUUGGAGCUCCGUGUUCAGCUCCGCCUACUUCAGAGCCAAAAGCUGCAGCAGGAGCACACAGCUCCUCCCACAGCGGAGCAGGCCCCACCCACACAGCCCAGCCCAGAGGAACGAUCCAGAGCCGAUGAGACGAUCAAACGCAACGUCCCCGUAGCCAUGGCAACCCCAGGCGAUGCAAACGUCGCUGCUUCAACAGCUACAGCCAAUGGGAAGCCGGGAAAGGAAGUUUUAAAAGCUUCACCUAGUAAAACAUACACUGUUAAUCAAAAUCCACCAAUGUAGAUCAAAUACAUGAUUGGCAUCUGUUGUAUUGUGGCCAGUGAGGUGGUGAUUUAAAGCUCAGCGCAUGCAAUCGCUCACAGGUUUGAACACUCCGGACCACAGUUAGGAAGAUGUGGUAAAAAGAUGAAAAAAUGGGUGAAGGUGAAGGGAUUAAACCACAGUGGGUGUGGAAGAGGUGUCAUUACCUUUUUUUUUUUUUCUUUUUUUUUUAAUAAACUUUUUAAGUGGUGUAGUAAACUAAAUUAAAAUAUAUCUCAGUUAAAUGAUAUCUACAAUAAAAAAGAACUUUGGUUAGGAUUUAAUUUUCAAACCCAGGCAAUACUGAUUCCCAGGAAAAUGCUGAUUUCUGUUAUUCUUUAAAUAAUUUUGGGAAAGUAUUAAUAUUAAUGAGCUACAUGCUAGAAAAUGGUUCAAAUUUAUUUCAUAAAGGGGAUGAAAAAUUAUUGGUCUCUUCAUUUUGUGACAGAUUUUUUCUUUUGUGCGUGCGUGAGAAAAUCACUGUACUCUACAACCGGGCCGAAGUUUUACACUGAAGAAAUAAACCAGAUCAGUCGAAGAAGUUCAGGCGCUCUUAUUUUAUAUAUUUACAUUAUUUAAAUAACUGUUUUUUGAUUAUAAUAUAGUGUUCAUGCUAAACCGAAAUAAAGUUGCAGAACUUUGAAUGUACAGUACAUUAACAUCUGGUAAUAAACAGCUGAUGGUCACAUUAUCAACAUGUUAUUAACACUUUGUGUUUAAAAUGUUGACCUAAUCAAAAUUGUUGCCAGUAGUUAGCUCAACAAGGGUUUCUUCUUCUUCUUCUUCUUCUUCUUCUUCUUCUUCUUCGUCUUCUUCUUAUUAUUAUUAUUAUUAUUAUUAUUAUUAUUAUGACUAAGUUGUCUUUCUAAUUGAUUAUUUGUGAUUAUUUUUGGGAAGUAAUGACUCCAAAUGUAUAAUGUCUGUUCCACAGGAACAUAGAGAAUGUUGUCCAAAUGAUACUUCCAUUACACGCUAUAUAUAUAGUCUAUGUUUCCUCUUUGCGUAUUUUUUUUUUUUUUAUCUUUUUUUUCCUCAUGUUAUCAGAACGAGGAAGUUCUCUUGAAUUUAUAAGUACUUUUUCAGUCGUGGUUCUACUAUGACCUUUUGCACAGAUGAAGCUCUUGUAUGUUCUCACCAUCAAAAUAGUUGUUCAUGUUCUUAAUAUGGCUUUUGUCUUUCCUAGGAGAUGGAUGCUACAAACUAUAAUAAAUAUUAUGUCUGAAGAAAGCAU